AAAUCUGAAGACAUAUUAAUAACGGCUUCUUUAGAAAAGAGAAGGGUGCGAAAAAUUCAAUAAGAAACUCUCAGAUACUCAAAAGGUUGAAAUCAUCAAAAAGAAACGAAGGCACACCACAGCCCCCUUCUCUCAUCUUCAUGUUUCCUCCUUCCUGCUAGACUUCCCUCUCCAUCUCUUCUUACCUUCUCUUAAAGGAAAGAAGAACAACCCACAUCACCUGCCACCCCACCCUUGAAAGAAGACACCAGAUAGCCCAGUUAAGGAUGGCAGUUUGCACAGUCUACACGACCCCUUCCCUUCACUCCCCAUGCUCUGUCUCCAACCCAACAAAGACUUGCUUUGGAUUCAACCAGAGGCAGCAGGUGAUCUUCUACACCAGUGGGAGGGGAAGCAGCAGGAGGGGAGGAAAGAAAUAUUCGGAGACCUUCUAUUGCUCCGCUGAGGCGAAGACAGUGGUGAUUGGGCUGGCGGCGGACUCAGGGUGUGGGAAGAGCACCUUCAUGAGGAGGCUGACCAGCGUUUUUGGAGGAGCAGCAGAGCCUCCCAAGGGAGGGAACCCAGACUCCAACACUUUGAUCAGUGACACCACCACAGUGAUUUGUUUGGAUGACUUCCACUCCCUGGACAGGACGGGGAGGAAGGAGAAGGGAGUGACAGCUUUGGACCCGAGGGCGAACAACUUCGAUCUCAUGUAUGAGCAGGUGAAGGCCCUCAAGGAAGGGGUGGCUGUGGAGAAGCCUAUUUACAACCAUGUUACUGGUCUGCUGGACCCCCCCGAGCUCAUCCAGCCUCCCAGGAUCCUGGUCAUUGAAGGACUGCACCCAAUGUAUGAUCCUCGUGUGAGGGAUCUCUUGGACUUCAGCAUCUACUUGGACAUCAGCAAUGAGGUUAAGUUCGCAUGGAAAAUUCAGAGAGAUAUGGCCGAGCGUGGGCAUAGUCUUGAAAGUAUUAAAGCUAGCAUUGAGGCUCGAAAACCAGACUUUGAUGCUUACAUUGACCCACAGAAGCAAUAUGCUGAUGCUGUGAUAGAAGUUUUGCCCACCCAAUUGAUUCCUGGUGAUAAUGAAGGGACAGUGUUGCGGGUUCGCUUGAUCAUGAAAGAAGGAUUGAAGUAUUUCAGUCCUGUUUACCUCUUUGAUGAAGGCUCCACCAUCUCUUGGAUACCUUGUGGGAGGAAACUGACUUGUUCAUAUCCUGGAAUCAAAUUCUUCUAUGGUCCAGACACCUACUUUUCCCAUGAGGUUUCCAUUUUAGAGAUGGAUGGGCAGUUUGAUAGAUUGGAUGAGCUCAUUUAUGUGGAGAGCCAUCUAAGCAACAUCUCAACCAAGUUCUAUGGGGAGGUGACACAGCAGAUGUUGAAGCAUGCCGACUUCCCGGGCAGCAAUAACGGGACCGGUCUCUUCCAAACUAUCAUUGGUUUGAAAAUAAGAGAUCUAUACGAACAGAUCCUUGCACAGAAGGCAGCUGCUCCUGCGGAAGCAGCAAAAGUUUAGAUGUCAAAAAUCUUCUUCUCUCAAAUGACAGCAUCAGUAUUUGUAUCUCUUGUAAUCUAUAUAGAAUCUGUAAUAUAGGAGCAGGGAAGAAGAAAUGUAGCAAAUCCCCCACCAGAUUGCAAGCAAUGGGGCAUCUAGAUUUGAGUGAAAUGUUUUCUUCCGCAAUCAAAUGCCCUUGUCAAUAGAAGAAAUAUGUUUGUUUUCGCCUGGCCAUGGUGAUGGUCAAUCUAUAA